CCGCGGGGGCUCCCAGGGGACGUAGCGAAACCAAAACAGUAACCGGUGGUUCACAGAACCACCUCAGGAAAUGCUUCCAAAGGCAGGUCUGGCCGUCACAAGGCGACGGCUCUUCAGCCUCCGACACGAACCUGAGUCGUCCACAGCACUGGGCCGCAGCCAGCCCCGGCAAGCCGCCGACGGACCGCGGACGCCGCAGCGAGCAGCCGCCUGCUCCCGCCACACCCGCCGAGCCAGCGGCGCGGAACCACGCCCCCGCCGUGUGCCCGCCUCCCUCCGCUAGCCGGCCCACGAUUGGUCGGCUGGGGUGCCCGUCGCGAGAGAAGGCGGUGCCUCCCGCAGACCGGCGCUCCCAUUGGUCGGGAUGGUGGCGACGGCGCGCGCGACCCGGCGACGAGGGGAAGCCGGUGGCCGCGGCUGCGGAACGGGCGGAGGCUGCCGGUUUCGUAACCGUCGCUCCUCCUCGCUGACUCGCGGGCUGUGAGGCCUGGGUCGGCUCGAGCCGCACCGCGCGGGGCCGCUCGGAGUGGAGGCCGCCUGGGGGCAGGCGGGCUGGAGGAGCAGGUACGUGUGAAGAUUUUUUGGCAGCUUAGCGUGGAAACCAUUGAUCACCUUGCUCUCGUUUCUACCUGUUCUGUGUUGGCAAGGGAGAGUGCCCAAAUGAGCAAGAUAUCGCAGCAAAACAGCACUCCAGGGGUGAACGGAAUUAGUGUUAUCCAUACCCAGGCACAUGCCAGCGGCUUACAGCAGGUUCCUCAGCUGGUGCCUGCUGGCCCUGGGGGAGGAGGCAAAGCUGUGGCUCCCAGCAAGCAGAGCAAAAAGAGCUCGCCCAUGGAUCGAAACAGCGAUGAGUAUCGGCAACGCCGAGAGAGGAACAACAUGGCUGUGAAAAAGAGCCGGUUGAAAAGCAAGCAGAAAGCACAAGACACACUGCAGAGAGUCAAUCAGCUCAAAGAAGAGAAUGAACGGUUGGAAGCAAAAAUCAAAUUGCUGACCAAGGAAUUAAGUGUACUCAAAGAUUUGUUUCUUGAGCACGCGCACAACCUUGCAGACAACGUACAGUCCAUUAGCACUGAAAAUACCACAGCAGAUGGCGACAGUGCGGGACAGUAGACCUCACCCUUUCCAGACUUCACAGCUUCUGGCUUGAACGUUAAAGGUGUGACCACUGACACCACUCAUGUCAGUGGCUGAAAGUUGUCCUUUUCCAUGAUUCAAAGACCCAUUGAAGGUUAUUUUCUAGGAUCAGCACUGAAGAGUUGAUUAGCUAAAAAUGGUAGCCUUGUAAUUCGAAUAUCUGGUUUUAAAUGAUAGAGCUUUUUGUGGGGAUCAAAAUCCCCUAAAUGUUAAGGUAUAUGGUAAAAAAAAAAAAGAACUAUCUGGGAUCCCGAUGUUCUUAAUAAAUCCUGACUUCCCAAGAAGUGCUUCUUUUUUAAAUUGACAAAAGGAAUGGGGAACUGGCAGGCCAUGCAGAAGGUUCUUGGUUUUAAUGGGUAGACUGACUUGGAUUAAGAAAAGUUGAAUGCCACCUAUGGUAAUCUCUUUGUAAUUUUCUUCUAAAUUAUGUAUUAUAAAUUCAUAGAGCUAUAGAAAGCAAUGAGUGAGUAAUUUGGGGUGAUUUUAUGUAUGGCAUAAACUUUGUUUUAACAUAAUUAGUACUGUUUUCCCCCAAAAGUACAAGUUUUUGAAUAGUGAUGUCAGGUUAAGUAAAGAAACCUCAUCAUAUCUUAUAGGCAUUGUGUGGCCAAUUGACUUAAAAUAUACAAAUAACAUUUAGGAAGCAAAUAGAUUAAACACGAAAAUAAAACUAAAGCAUAGGAAUUAUGUUUUUGGGAUACCUUUGCGCUUAGAUUGGCAUUAUUUUAUUCUAAAAACCCAACUCAGUGGUGUAGAGAAACUUGUGUACCAAAAUUUUAGUUUGUGCAGAUGCUAGUAAAGUAAGUGUUUUUUUGGAUACAAUUUUGACAGCCAAGUUAGUAAACAAAAUGUCUUAACAGUUUGAUGACACAAUGUACUAAUUAGGGUUUGGAAUAUUAAUUCAGAAGGUAGUUUCUCUUGUGUUCAAAAUAGCUGCCAUGGGGCCAUUAUUUUUAAAGUCAAAAAUUUAUUCUGAAGGCUCAUUUUGGUAUUUGAUCUUAACCAAGUGACUGUUAGAGAAAUGUAUCAACUCCAUGCCAUCUCCCAAAAUAAUUGUCUAAGAAAACUUGAAAGUGUAAGGUUUUAACCUUUAAUUUAUUUCUCUUAAAUACAUCUUUUGAUAUUGUUUUUGUGACAUUUCUUUUUCUGGUUAGUGGACUUUCCAGACUUUGUACCACUGCUUCGUUUAUUCAUUUAUAUGCUUUUGUGUCCCAUAAAUUAUUUUAGAAAAUGCUGAUAAAACUCAGGAGAUUGACAUUUUUGUUGAGAUAAAAAAUGACAGUUGCUAAAGUAGGGACUCUAGAGCCUGGCUUACGUCAGUGUUGGUAGUUUAGAUUGUCUUUGUCAACGUUUUUUCUUUUCUCUUUUGUUUUGUUUUCUUUCUCUUUUUUUUUCUUAGCACACUUCUAGCUCAAAUUUGUGUAUUAUUUGUGUGCCUGGGCUGGAGAUGAGAGACUGAGUCAUAACUGAUUUAAAAGUUUGUGUUACCAGGUAUCUUAUUUGAACAUGGUCAUUUUUGGCCACGUUGCUGUUUCAUACUAGGACUUGGGAUGAUGUAGCCAGAAUGAAACUCAAGUUGCACCCUCUGGUUGGUGGAAGAGUGCUGACUGUGCCAUUUCUUGGCAGAAGGCAUCAUGGUGCCCAGCAACUCAGCAAAGCCCGUAUUAAGAGUCCUGAGGCCCUUCUGAAUGUAAAACAGGAGCCCAGGAGAUGCUGUCCCAGGAGGGCUAUUAACUCCCUAUAGAGCCAGGAGACAGGAGGGGGUUUCUAGGGUCCAACACCAGCUUACCUUGGAGUAUGGAUCUACCCAUGAAGGAUGAGAGAUGUUUUGAAUAACUAGCCAGGACACACCACAGGAUCCUACUGGAUUCUUAGCAGCUGAUUGGUAUUACAUAAUUUAAUUAAUUGGAGAUGCAUUAGGUCACUUGAAUGUAUAAGCACCUGUGGUAGGUGCUACAGACAUUUCAAUCUCUGAUUUACUAAAAAAUAUCUUUGGGAAUUCGAUGCCCCCAUGGAAUUUAUGGUUACGAGUUAUAUGAAUUGACUGAAGUAUCUUGAAAAAGAGACUUGAGGGAAAUCAUCAGGGGCGUGUACUCAGUAUUUCAAAUCAGAACACAAGAUUGGAUCUUUUGGAAAAAUGGGUUCAAGCUUUCCUGUUACCCAUGGAAAUGCAAAGUUUAGCACAAGCAAGCAAUUAGGCAGAGAACAAAAAUGUUAACCGUUGUGUUGUCUGUCUUCCUGAAGUGGUUGGAAAUUGUAAUUUGAUAGAUUUAUCAGUAUAAAAUUAGGGAAACCAAGUGUGGGGAGUGAAUCAAUUUAGAGCUUUGGGAACUGUAAGGUGACUUCUGUAACUUUCGUUCUGUGUGUGACCUGUGAACCAUUAGGAUAUGAUCUGCCCUUGUGGGCAGGUCCAGCAGUUUAGGAGUUAGGCUUUAGCGUAAGUUUCUAGCUGCAUAAGAUGAGUCUCCUGGGAUAGGUGCGCUUUGGCUGGUUUUGGCUGCAAAUGGUGAGAUCAGAGCAGCUCUUCCUGUCGCUGGCCCCUGAAAUCAGUUGUUAGGAUGCCAUUGCAGAUACUAAGUAGUAAGAUUUUAAACACGACCAGGUCUGAAAUGCAGGUCAUGAGUGUGAAAUUCUCAAAUUUACAUAACAAGUAGAAGUAUAGACAGUUUUUAACAUUUGGUAUUAAAGGAGAGGAAAUUGUAGCAGCUUUUCACGUUUCCUAAUCCCCGUUAGAGGGCUUGAGACCUUGUAUCUGAACAGCCCAUUUCACACUCAGUGCUUUUUGAUGCCUUAGAAAUAGGAGAAUUGUUUUGUUUGACAAAAGCUGGGAAGGAAAAAGUCCGCUCUGCAGCUGUUAGAUCUGCCUCUCAGGAAAAAGUACUAACUUGUUCUUUUUGUUCCCGGCUUUCAUCAAUUUGUGAAAUUUCUCUAUUUUUUUAAAUAUAAUUUUAUUUCUUUCAACAAAUUUAAAAUAAAAAACAACUUUGGAACAAUGA